UGCGACAUUGGCUUAUUUUUGUAAUGCCGCUUUUUGUAAUACUCUGUCACUGUUUACUUCACAUGUUACCGGUAUGCGUUUUGUGUAGUGACGGACAUUGAGAGAACAGCUCGGUACCAAUCCUACCGACCAGGCCAGGGUUUGAGCACAAUGGAGUUUGGAAUAGUAAUCUCUUUGGCUCUGACCUCGGUGUUUCUAGGAGCACCAUGCUCGGGGGUACAUCCAGUUCCCCUCGGCGAUCAGCUGAUGUGCGAUGCGCAUGGAUUUCGACUGCCCGAAAAGAAAGUGACCGAUGAAGCAACAGUUUCUGAGUUCGACAUUCAAGUGGAGCUAACGCAGCUGACAGAGACCUAUUCUAGCGUGACGACCGCCGGCAUGACGGAUGUCAGUUUCUCAAGGCCCUGCCAUAAACUGCUCGUGGAUUAUGGACAGUACGCUGAGGCCUUCAUUGGCUGCAGUCUUGUCAGGGCCAAGCCAGUGUGCCUGUGCGAAGCGUGUUCACCAGCGUACUUUGCAGUGAUGAACGCCUUCGACAACAUCACUCACGACUCCAGCUGUGAGACGGUGUUGCUGGAGUCAGAUAGGGUUCAAGUCUUGGACCGCAUGAACGCGUAUACCAAAUCGCUAUGGUCUGACGCCAGAUGUGCUGUGUGCUUCGAGGAUGGCAACAUCACCAAGGCCGUUGUCGAGUUCUACCAUCUUCUCAAUGAAACCAGAGGGUGCUUUCUGAAGUACAUAGAGAGCUGGAACGAUUUUAAGCACUCUAACAAAACUGGCAAGCCCCAUGUGCCUGUCACGCCACUGCCAGUUUUCUUCGCCGAGGGCGCGGAGUACGAUGGCAGCGGCGGAGGCGACGACGGCGGCAAUGUGGAAAGUGGCCAGCCCAAGCCGUCCAAGCUGUACGGCAACUUGUCAGCCUGCACGUCUUGUCGCGGGCAGUACACAGCUCUGCAGAGCCAUUACUACUAUAUGCGCGAUAACAGCUUGAUAUGCCUGGACAUCCAGGACCAGGUAUGUACAAUCAUGUACAGCUUGAUAUGCCUGGACAUCCAGGACCAGAUGAACAUGACCGAGACGGAAUGGGGAAAUGUGUUUGACUGUACGGACUAUGACUUCACCAUUUCGCGGACGCUGUGCAUGGUCAUCACGCUCGUUUCCUUCUUGCUGCUUGUGUCGUUCUAUGUAAUCUGCUACCAUGCCGGCUCUUCGCUGCGCUCUCUGCCGGCUGCCAACGUUGUACAGGCCAACGAGCGAGGCACAAACGCUGGGUCGCAUUAGCGCUUGCAUGAGCCUGCAUGCACGUGUGCUGUGCACUGUGGAGCUGCAUCAGCACUGGCAUGAGCCUGCAUGCACGUGUGCUGUGCACUGUUGCGUUGUACGGAUACAUGGCCGGUAGCACUUGGCGUGUAACAGACCGUCACAGCCAACAUGCCUCUUCAACUGGUCCUUGCCCAGCCUGCAGCAGCAGCAAGUCACUGCUACUCGAUUGGCCGCAAUCUCCAACCGACUGCUGCACGGACCCUGAACACACUCAGUGUGAAGCUGAUCGCUAAGCCAGGUCAGAAGCAAAGCGACGCGGCUACGAGUAUAUGCGGAAGCUGCUAUCGACCUUGCUGCUUCGCAAGCCUAUGUGUUACUGGGGUGCCUGUAAUACCGGUAUGGCUGGCAUAGUGCCGUGUUCUUAACAAGCUAUGGAACUGGCCCGAUACGGUGGACAUACAGACAUCCACUUAUUAUUUGCAUUCCCGCGGCCGCGGCAGCCAAGCAAGUGUCGAAGACACUUGCUCAGCCCACACAUUCGCUUAUGCUGGACAUAGGUAUUAAAAACAAAACAAAAGGACAGCUCACACAUCCACUGCUACUUGUUUUGGACUUGUAUGUACAACAAACGUAUUUGAUCCGUUUACUGGAAGUCACGGCUGUGGGACUAGACGACACAGUGCUGCAGCUUCCAAUUGAUAAUGGUGUCUGGAAGGAUACUGUGAGGAGCUUGAAAGGACAUAAUAACUACUAGUAUAUUUCCCGGGCAGAAAGAAAAUGUUGCACUUGAAGUAGCACUCACACUCUUCGAAUAAUACUCACUCGUGGACUCAUCAUGUUUGUCCACACACGCACACACAGCUGCCAGAUUCAUCCGCUACCGCUACCAUUUGCCACAUACUGAUGUCGAAAAACACAAAUCUGAUCGUGCUCUGGUGUUGAAAUCAAACUGCCCUCACCCGCUAACCUUUCUCUUGUGAUUAUGAAAUCUCGUCAUGUACAUGUAUAAUGAUGUGUUCGUACAAGAAGCUGCUGUGUGAUAGGUUUUCUUUCUGCUACUUUUUAUUUACCCAUUCUGAUUGAAGUGCUGCUGAAGAGCUCCAGAGAACAGGUGCCUGAAACACCUCUUUCAAGCAUUUC